ACCAUUUCUUGUGACAGACGGACCUGGAAUAAAUUAAUUUUUUUCUAUAUGUUAAUUCAUCAAUAAUGCCUGAAAAUCUACAUUAAUAUUGUGCAUUCGUUAAUUUUUCCUCGCAUCGAUUCCUCAUCACUUACUUAUCAGAUCAUGAUCAUGGAGACGAUGCUAUUUUGGGGCAUCGUGCUUAUUGGAUGUUUUUCAUCAUGCAGCGGAUCAGUUUCAAGCACAUCGCGAUUUUGUGUGAUAGAAAAUCGAGUGGGGAGCAUUGGGUUUGGGGGCCUGUUAGCUUUUAGAUCAAAUGAUGUGGCUUCUCCAGUUUCCGUGGAAGUGAGCUACGAAGAUGGGGACCCCGCCUCGGCAGGGUGGAGCCCCUGGAAGACUCUCGGAGCUCCGUUGGCCAUCCCGCCGCUGUCGAACCCUGUGUGUGAAUUUACAGAACGAAAUCAAACCCAGAUAUUUGUGCAAGCAUCCGAUGGGCAGGUCUACUCGGCGAUUCAAGACACCCUUAAUUUCUUGAACUUCUCCUCGUGGAAGAAAGUUGGUUCCAACUCCAUCCCGGUCAUCUUGUCCAAGCGAUCCACGCUCGUCGAUUCCGUAUCUGCAGUCUGGUAUAGCAAGCAACUCAUGGUUUUUGCUCGCUCGAUCAGUACUAGUUCAAGGCUGUAUUGGUGUAAAGGUAUGUACAGUAUAGAGAAUUGGCACUCCAACCAGCUGUACUUGGGGUCUUGUCGCUGGAACUGCGCUCAUUGGAACAGAUGCUACGCUGAUCAAGAAUCCUUUCACGGCCAAGUAUGA